GCAGACUAAAGAACAUACCUUUGCGCAUCCUUUCAUUUUUACUUUCCAUCCCUCCUCUACGAAUCUGAAUUGGAAGCAUUAAUCUCCCCUCCUCCAGACUUCACAUCCGGGUCACCCACUAGUAGCCUAUCUCCUGUGUCUUGCCUGUGUGUGUGUGACAGCGUAGUUCUCCACCCAACUGUACUGCAGACCUCUACCCUAAUACGCUGCAUGCUAGACGGAUACUAUGCCUGGCAUGUGUCGGUGAUAGAGCUACCAUCGGCGCUCUGAGCUGGUGAGAGCCAAGACCUGCAUUACACACAUAGGCAGGGAUGAGACAUAGACUAUCUGAUAGGCACCCCGGAUUGAUAAUACUAGCUCAAUGAUGUCCAAUAGCCUGAAGAAGAAAAAUCACUGGACCAACAAAGUCCACGAAGCGGUUGUCAUCAGGAGCAAAGAAGGGGAAUUUGGCUUCGAGCUGAAGGGGGGCGCGGAGAUUGGGCAGUUCCCCUACUUCGGCGAGGUGAAACAAGGCAAAGCCGCUGUCCAGAGCGGAAAGCUGGCUCAGAGUGAGUUGCUGCUGGAGGUCAACAACACAGCGGUGGCUGGGCUCACCACCCGAGAUGUUCUGGCCGUCAUCAAACACUGCAAAGACCCGGUCCGCUUCAAGUGUGUCAAACAAGCUUUAAUUGUCUGGAGCCUGGUGUUGUUGUGGCCAAGGAGCUUUCACUUAGAUGGAACCAGGUUUCCGCUGCUGUGCAAUGUUGACACCCUUCCUCCCAGAGAUAUGAAGGCAUCCCCCGGACUGGACACAACAAGGCAAACAUAUAUGUUUGCAAUGAAAGGCCAUGGACAUUUCUGUCCUGCCCUUUGGAGCAGGACAUGUAAUAUGCCCUCAGACUAGAUUCCUUUGUCCAUAACAUAACCUGAACCAAAGUUACUCAAAGGAUCUUGUGAUAUAAGCCUAGGUUUAGAUAUUGUUUUUACCUAAGCCUUUGUGUGUUUUUAAGUUUUUCAUAAUUGUAGGCUACUACUAAUAAAUCAUUUUAUUGUUGAAACCUUUUAUUUGUUUUUUAAGCACUACCUCACUGCUUUAGCACAUGGCCGCAUUCACAAUUGUUCCUAUGUGAAUUAUUUAAGAGAUGGUGUGUCUUGGGCUUUAGAGCAGGCCUGGGUAAUUAUUUUCCAUGGAGAGCCACAUUAGAAUAUAUUUUUGCA